CGCGACGCGUCGCUUCCACUUUCCCUCCCGUCGUCCCGCUGCUGCGACCGAAGCUCCAUGGCUGGCAAAGGCAACGGUGUGGGGGGCCCCGGGGGGCUGGCGCGGCUCCUGCUGCUCUUCCUGGCCCUGGCCGAGCUCGGGAGAGCCCAGGACAGUCCUGUCCCAGGCGAGGAGGUCUUGUCCCAGGUGGCCUUUGUCCAGAAGACCCGCCGGAACACCAGCAGCAGCUCCGAGUUCAUGUUCGAGUUCGACGACGAUGAGAUUUUCCACGUGGACCUGGAGCAGAGAGAGACCAUCUGGCGGCUGCCCGAAUUCGGGCGCUUCACCAGCUUCCAGGCCGAGGGCGCCCAAGGGAACAUCGCCGUCCUGCAGUCCAACUUGGACAUCCUGAUGAAGAGAUCCAACUACACGCCCGCUGUUAACGUGCCUCCAAAAGUGAUGGUGUACCCAGAGACGAUGGUGGAGAUGGAGGAGCCCAACAUACUGAUCUGCAUGGCGGACGGCUUCUCCCCGCCGGUGCUGAACAUGACCUGGGUGAAGAACGGCAAGCCGGUGACCGAAGGGGUGCAGACCAUGGAUUACUACCCCAAGAAGGACCAUUCCUUCCGCCGGUUCUCCUACCUGCCCUUCGUCCCAAACGCGGAUGAUUAUUACGCCUGCGUGGUGGAACAUUGGGGCCUCACGGAGUCCCUGAGCAAGAUUUGGAACGCCAAUAUCCCAGAGCCCCUCCCGGAGACGACUGAGAAUGUGAUCUGUGCACUGGGCCUGGCGAUAGGCCUUGUGGGCAUUGUGAUUGGCACCAUCCUGAUGAUAAAGAGCCGGAAGAUGGGAGAGGCCAGCUAUCGCCGAGGAACCCUGUAAACCACGAUUGCAGGCUUGACUCGCCGCCUCCACCCCGACCCCCCAUCCCCGUGAGCUGCAUUUACACAUGUGCUGCACAUUUUUCUUUUUCCGACACUUGUGACAACUCCAGAGUAAACCAGAAAGUGUGGUGGGGGGAUGCUCUCUGCCCCAUUGCCAACAUUCUUUCCCACCGUCCUUGUUGGAGGUCCCAGAAGUGCAACAUUCCCAGGGGAUCCUGGAGUCCCUUGUCUUCCAAGCAUUGGGGUUAGAGGCGAAUGUAGGAGGGGUGAGAGAGUUUGGGGGGUGGGGAGGCGUCGGAGAGUCCUCGGUGUUCUCUGAGCUUGGCUAUCUUCUUGCUGACGUUUCAUGACCCAACUAGCUAAUAUUAUCAGGGCUAGAAGGGAGGGAUCUCCGAGCUUGGCUGUCUUCUUGUAGAUGUUUCAUGACCCGAAUUGGGUAACACCAUCAGCACUGAUACGGUUACCUAGUUGGGUCAUGAAAUCUCUGCAAGAAAACAUCCAAGCUCAGAGAGCACCUCAUGUCAACCCUGAGCUACAGAAUAUUCUCCUUUAUUGAGAGAAAACACAGAGCCUUUGCCGACGAGCCCCUAGUGAUGGAGAAGGCUGAUUUUAAGGUCCGCCCAAGGAACCAGGGUUAGCUAAAAGGGGCACACUCUCUGGUACUCAUCCCCCCACCUCUUGAUUCAUUUACUCCCCUCCCUUUCUGAUCAUCUCCAUGGGGUUUUUUGGGGGAUCCCUAUGUUGUUGGGGAAGGCAGGGCAGGUGAUCCCUUAGCAUCGCUCUUCAGUGACACCCCACCCCCUCAUCUUGGUUUGUCUCGGAGACUUCCCUUCAGGCAACCUCUGCCUCGGCUUUUAACAUCUGCCGUCCCGGACCACAAACUCCCUGAAAGUUCAACCGCAGCUUGCUUGCUCCCGUUGAAUAGAAUGUGAAACCCCGCUAGCUUAGACAAAGGCAGAGGGUCCCUAUCCCUUUUUCAGGACCCUGGACAGUGAUUUAGCCAAUUCCCUUGCGCUCCCUGUAGGGAGGCUUUUUUUUUUUUUAACACCAGUGCCUUCCUUCUGCACGCCCCAUUCCAUCCCCCCCCCAAAAAAUUCCCUCUGUCCUGCAAAAUCAGCUUCUUAAUUUUUUUUUGCAACCGCUGCAGAACCAGAAACGCUUCCAGUCCUGGCUGAUGCUUCUUCUUUCUAAUAAAGAUAUUACUCAACUGUG